CUUAGAAACCCGGGCAUGUACUAUCAUUUUAAAGACGCUUCCCGUGUUGGGGCACUGCCGGAACAAAAUCUUAAUGAACUGAGGACGAGGGUUUUGUCUCCCUUGGAUUGGAUCAGCUCUCAGCAGCCAUUCAUGCUCCUCAACAGUCUCUCUUGGAUUUAGCUUCCUUGCUCUGUUCUUGGGGAAGUGAGCUCAACGGAACAAUGACAAGCCCGUGCUGAUCUUUGUUAAAGCCUAAAGAGUUCGAUGUUGAACUGAAGCCUUAUGAGCGGUAUAGUUUUGGACCUUUAGAACGUAUCCCGAAUCAUGAAUGGAUUCUAAAGGAAAACGUCGAAAAGGCGGCGAAAUCACCAUGUCAGAGAAAAGGAAUGUCGAUGGAAAUGAAGUAAUUGUGAACAUCUCGACUGAAGGGGAUGCAAAAGCUGUGACUGAGGGCAGGGGUUCCAAGGAGUUGGAAACUGCGGCUCCGAAACAAACCCGGGUGGAUUCUCCCUGCCAGGCAUUCAGUGAAUUGAGCACUGCUGUCGCAAAAUCAGCGGGAAUGAGCUGCCCAUCUCCCGAAGUAGCCAGUCUCAGCCCUAAGGCUCCCUCUGCUAACGAAUCUUUCGUUAGGAAAAGGAGUCUCAACAGGUCGGUGUUCUCAAAACCGAAGUCGAGGUUUGGGGAGCAACUGUAUUCUUUUGAUGCCACUCCGAAGACACCGCUCAUGGCAUCUCGGGGACCAGCUGGAGGAGGAGGUGGAGAGGAGGAUGAUGAAGAGAUCUACAAACAAGUCACUCUUGAAUUGAGCAAAGCAAAGCAUAAGAGGAUAAAGACCAAGGCUUUGGUCGAAUGGACCGUGUUUUUUGUCAUUCUCGGGUGCCUGGUGGCUAGUUUAACGGUUGAUCAAUUGGAAGCAUCUAGGUUAUGGGGAUUAGAAAUGUGGAAGUGGUGUGUACUUGUGAUGGUGCUAUUCUCUGGCAUGUCGGUUACCCAUUGGGUGAUGCAUUUCAUAGUUUUCUUGAUUGAGAGGAAAUUUUUACUUCGGAAAAAGGUACUCUACUUCGUUCAUGGACUGAAGAAGAGUGUUCAAGUUUUCACUUGGUUGGCCUUUGUUCUUCUCACGUGGGUACUGUUAUUCAAUCGAGGCGUCAGGAGGUCGAAGAUCGCCAAUAAGGUUUUGGAUUGCAUAACCUGGACUCUAGUCUCUAUUCUCAUCGGUUCAUUCCUAUGGUUCUUAAAGACUUUACUGCUGAAGAUAUUAGCAUCGAGUUUCCACGUCACUACAUUCUUUGAUCGAAUUCAAGAAUCGAUCUUCCAUCACUACAUUUUGCAAACCUUAUCUGGGCGGCCUCUUAUCGAGGAGGCUGAGAGGAUGGGGAAAGAUCCUAGUGCCCGCGAGUUUAGUUUCAGAACUAUGAAGGAAGGUAAAAUGGGAAAGGAGAAGAAGGUGAUUGAUAUGGGGAAGAUAUAUAGGAUGAAGCAAGAAAAGGUUUCGGCUUGGACAAUGAAGAUGUUGAUUGACACAGUGACAAAUUCAGGGCUAUCGACCUUAUCAAAUACGUUGGAUGAAGAUGAAAGCAUCCAUGAUGGAGGAGCUGAGCAAGCGGAUAAGGAGAUAACGAGCGAGAUGGAAGCAAUGGUGGCUGCAUAUCACAUUUUCAAUAACGUCGCUCAGGCUGGUUGCAAGUACUUCGAUGAAGACGAUCUUAGGAGGUUCAUGAUCAAGGAAGAGGUGGAUCUUAUCUUCCCAUUGCUUGAAGGAGCAGAAGAUGGAAAAAUUGACAGAAAAUCUUUGACAAACUGGGUGGUAAAGGUUUAUCAAGGCCGGAAAGCACUGGUACAUGCUUUGACCGACACGAAAACAGCAGUAAAGCAAUUGAACAAGCUUGUGACAGGAAUAUUGAUCAUUAUUACCAUCAUCGCAUGGCUUCUUUUGAUGGAAAUUGCUACAACCAAAGUACUAGUCGUGCUUUUGUCACAGCUUCUUGUGGCAGGUUUCAUUUUCAAAAACAUGUGCAAGGCAAUAUUCGAGGCCGUCAUUUUUGUGUUCAUUAUGCAUCCAUUUGAUGUUGGUGAUCGUUGUGUUAUCGAUGGAGUUCAGUUGAUGGUGGAGGAGAUGAAUAUCUUAAACACUGUCUUCUUGAAGCUCGAUAAUGAAAAAAUCUUCUAUCCAAAUUCAGUUUUGGCUACAAAACCUAUAAGCAAUUACAACAGAAGCCCAGACAUGGGCGAUAAAGUGGAGUUUUCAAUUGAUUUUAUGACUCCGUUUGAAAGAAUUGGAGCAAUGAAAGAGAAAAUAGGAAAGUACUUGGAGAAAAAUCACCUACACUGGCACCCGAACCACAACUUGCUUGUGAGUGAGAUCGAGAACGUGAACAAGAUUAAGAUGGGGCUCUACGUCAAUCACACGAUGAACUUCCAAGAUUAUGCAGAGAAGGGCAGGCGGAGGACUGAACUAGUCAUGGAGUUAAAAAGAAUUUUCGAUGACUUGAAUAUUAGAUAUAAUCUCCUUCCUCAAGAGGUCCAUCUUUGCCAGAUUGAGGAUAAAAAGGGCAGGUAAUGACUGCAUUUGGCUGUUGAAUGAAUGCUCUGAAAAUCUGCCAAAAUCAGUGGUUUCGUCCGCUUGUCAAAUGAAGGAGGUGACUAGGUCUUUUGAUAAAUUGGGCUACCUCAUUGUUCUUUUCACAUAGUGGUGGAGCGAGGCCUUGGGCAUGUCAAGAUGAUCAAGAGACCAACUACUGAUGCACGAUAAUUGUGUAUUGCAAAGUAUACCUAAAUCUUGUUUUGUUUUUUGGACAUUUUGCGACGCGUUGUUAAUAUUUUGGCUUGGUGACUGUCACAGUUGUUAUUUAAAACAUAAGGAGGUCAGGUAUGAAUGAUGCCAGUGAAUGUAAUGUACCUUUUACGUACCUUGAGUAUGAGUUAUUUGCUCAGCCAAA